AUGACGGAAGAGAAAGAUGGCGACGUCCGCCUCGAGGCUAUGCCUGCAGAAGAUGCUCCUCUUGAGCUGGACGAGAUGCCCCUUGAAGAGUUCGGCAGUGCCUUGAAGGCAGGCGAUUUGGCCGAAGUGGUCAUUUUUCCCCCUUCGGUCAUUUGCGAAGAACAACACGUAGAUCGGAGCAUUUCAACUAUGUUUGGCGGAUUUGGUGGAGAUGGAAACCCAUUCGGUGUGCAAUUCAACUUUAACGACUUCCCACAGCGAUUUGAUGAGCAUUAUCGUGUAUAUCCAGUGUCAUUUUGUGACAAAGCGCAUCUAGAAGAUGGCGAUAAGAUUUUGCUACCUCCAUCUGCUCUUGAAAUGUUGGCUCGUCUACAUAUUGAAUAUCCAAUGUUAUUUAAAGUAACGAACGAAGGUGUCGAUCGUUCAUCGCACUGUGGUGUGUUGGAGUUUAGUGCACCUGAAGGAAGUUGCUACAUGCCAUACUGGAUGAUGCAAAAUCUUUUUGUGAAAGAGGGUGGGAUUCUCAAUAUACAAAAUGUAUCGCUUCCGAAGGCGACAUUUGUGAAGUUGCGGCCCCAGUCGCAGGCUUUUUUGGAUAUUUCAAACCCUCGUGCAGUCUUAGAAGGAUCUCUCCGAAAGUUUUCAUGCAUGACAAUAGGCGACACGAUUUGCCUUCAAUACAACAACAAAAAUUAUAUGUUGGAUGUCCGUGAGGUCAAGCCUGCACCUGCUGCUUGCAUCAUUGAGACGGACUGUGAGGUGGAUUUUGAGCCUCCAGCUGACUAUGUCCCUCCAAUACCCCCGUCAGCAGCAGCAGCAUUUCCAACUACGCCGUCAGAUAUUCCCUAUGGAGGUAUGCCAACAAUGAAAGCAGAAGACAUUAAACCAGCUCGCAUCGCUGCUUUCAAUGGCGGAUUGCGACUAAAGAAAAGAAACGAUGAAGGCUCCACAGAUGCAGCUGCACUACGCGCUGCUCGAUUACGCAAAUAUGAGGCGUUUCAUGGUACUGGGUACUCGCUUAGUGGUAACACGCUCCCAGCCAGUAGUGCGACAAAUGAUUCUCGUCUUGGUGGUUCAUUAAACGAUGGCAAUGGCCUUAGCAAAAGCAAUGGUGAAUCAACUUCAGCGCAUAAAGCCAAGCAUUUGAUGGGCAAUCGUCUUAAUGGCGAAGCGGUAGAUCUUGCUGAUGAAGUUAAGAUGGGCAACGAGGUGAAUGAGAGCGAAGAAAAACAAAAGGGUGUCGUUCCGUUUCAAGGUCAAGGUCGGCGGCUGAGAUAA